AUGUCCUCGGCAGCGCAGCAGCAGGCCACCGCCAACGGGCACCAGGGCGGCGACGAUGACGGCCUGGGCCCCGAGUUCACGCGCACCGUCAUCGAGUCCAUGGGUCCCGCGACGUCGCCGCGCCUGCGCGAGGUCAUGUCGUCGCUCAUCCGGCACGUGCACGACUUUGCGCGCGAGGUGCAGCUCACGACGGACGAGUGGAUGGCCGGCGUGCAGCUCAUCAACUGGGCCGGGCAGAUGAGCAACGAGAAGCGCAACGAGGGCCAGCUGCUGUGCGACGUCCUCGGCCUCGAGUCGCUGGUCGACCACAUCACCUUCAGCGCGGCGACCAAGAGCACAAAGGGCCUGACGGCGUCGGCCAUCCUGGGGCCCUUUUGGCGGCACGACACGCCGCUGCGCGAGAACGGCAGCACCAUCAGCUUCGACACGCCCGCCGACGCGCAGGUCGUGUACAUGCACGGCAAGGUCGCCGACGUCAAGACGGGCGCGCCCCUGGCCGACGCCACCGUCGAGGUGUGGCAGGCGUCCACCAACGGUCUCUACGAGCAGCAGGACGACAACCAGGUGGAGCACAACCUGCGCGGCGUGUUCAAGACGGACGCCGAGGGCAAGUACUCCUUCUACUGCCUGCGCCCGACGCCGUACCCCAUCCCGACGGACGGCCCGGCCGGCAAGCUGCUCAACCUGAUGGACCGACACGUCUUCCGCCCCGCGCACAUCCACUUCAUGGUCGUCGCCGACGGCUACCGGUCGCUGGUGACGCAGAUCUUCGACGAGGACUGCAAGUACCUCGGCAACGACUCCGUCUUCGCCGUCAAGGACGACCUGCGCGUGCGGUUCGUGCCGCGCGAGGGCGACGACAAGGCGUCGCUGGAGCUCGAGUACGACAUUAACCUGGCCCCCAAGGCGGAGUGA